UAUUUCUUCUCUCACGUCAUUGUUUUUUUUGUCAAAAGUUUUCUUCUAUGAUUGAAGUUAACAGGGAAAUGAAAACUGUGUAGAAAACAUUAUACUCCUCUCCCAAGUUCCACCACACAAUUAAGGAGAACAAAGAGAAAUGGCUUUAACUCUCAGUGAGAUGAAAAAGAAAGCAGAGUUGAUCUUCAUUACUACACCAGCAAUUGGCCACUUGGCCCCAGUUUUGGAGUUUGCACAGCAACUAAUCAACCUUCAUCACCAUCUUUCCAUCACAGUCCUCUGCAUGAAGUUCCCUAACACUCCUUCUCCUUCAGACUCAUACGCCAGAACAGUUUUGGCUUCACAGCCUCAGAUUCAACUCAUUGAUCUCCCUGAAGUAGAACCACCUUCACAGGAGCAACAGAAAUCACCAGAAUACUACGUCUUCACCUAUGUGGAGAGCCUUGUACCCCAUGUGAAAGACACCAUACAAAACAUUGUAUCAUCUAAUCCAAACCCAGUUGUGGGGUUGGUACUAGAUUUCUUCUGUGUUCCCAUGAUUGAUGUGGGAAAUGAACUGGGUAUCCCUUCUUAUUUGUAUUUCAUAUCAAAUGUUGGGUGUUUGAGUCUCAUGCUUUCCCUUCAGAAACGGACAAUUGAGGAUGUGUUCAAUAAAUCUGAUCCUGAGUUUUUAGUUCCGGGUUUCUCCAAUCUAUUCCCAUCCAAUGUUCUACCUAAUGCUUGUUUGAACAAAGAUGGUGGAUAUGUUGCUUUUUACAAGAUUGCUCAGAGGUUUAGAGACACCAAAGGGAUUAUUGUUAAUACUUUUUCUGAUUUGGAGCAUGAUAUUAUUGAUGCAUUAUCUGAUGACCAUACUCCUCCAAUCUAUGCUAUUGGUCCUUUGAUUAAUCUCAAAGGUCAUCCAAACCCAAAUUUAGACCAAGCCAAGCAUGACCUUAUCAUGAAAUGGCUUGAUGAGCAGCCAGAAUCCUCUGUUGUUUUUCUUUGUUUUGGGAGUUGGGGAAGCUUUGGUCCGUCUCAAACAAGAGAAAUAGCACUAGGACUUCAACGAAGUGGAGUUACGUUCUUGUGGGCUUUGCGUUCUUCGCCAACCACAGACAAUGAAGAGAAAACUUUACCAGAAGGGUUCUUAGAAUGGAUGGAACUGGAAGGUAGGGGAAUGAUAUGUGGAUGGGCACCCCAGGUAGAGGUUCUGGCCCAUAAAGCCAUUGGUGGGUUUGUGUCACAUUGUGGUUGGAAUUCCAUCUUGGAAAGCUUGUGGUUUGGGGUGCCAACAUUGACAUGGCCUAUCUAUGCAGAACACCAACUGAUUGCUUUUAUGAUGGUGAAGGAAUGGGGAUUAGCAGUGGAGCUGAGAUUGGACUAUAGAAGGACUAGUGCUCUUGUAAUGGCAGAGGAGAUAGAGCAAGGGCUGAAAAACUUGAUGGAUAAAGAUAGCGAGGUUCGCAAGAAGGUGCAAGAGAUGAAAGAGAAGGCCAAGAAAGCUGUCCUUAGUGGCGGGUCUUCAUUCAUAUCUGUUAGGCAACUUAUUGAUGACAUGAUAUGAAGCAGCUAGUAAAUGAUGCUUUGCUUCAUAGAUGAAGUUGCCACUUCCUUAGAAUCAAUGGAAUGUUCAAGCUCUUCCCGGGUGCAAGGAGAUAGUUUGGAGGGUGUGUACGAAUAUCUUACCUGUUUGGUAAUUCCAUAGCAGAUUAUGUUGCCAGUUUGAUUCUUUCUUUCUCUAAUAAUGUUUGAAUUGAGGAUUC